CACCAACGCACUACAUAUGCAAAUGGACUUCCCGAUCUUCUUUUGGCUGCCACCUCAAUAGAGCUUUGUUUAGAAAUUCUCAAUUAGAGUUACCUAUCAUCUCUGUAUUAAUAAUUACAAUAAUUACAUUAAUUCAUAUUUCAUCAAUCAUUUCCCAUAUUUGCAAACAAACUUUGCCUUAAAAUUCAUUUGAAAAUCUCUCUCUCUCUCUCUCUCUCCUCUUCUAUGCAAGAAACCCAUAUAAAAUCACCAACGUCAAACCUCUCUCUCAACUUGAUUUCAGACAGUCCAAUUCCUGCCUUCCAACCUACACAGGCUCUAUUCUAAUCUUUCUCUUUUUCUCUCUCUCUCUGAUUGUACGAUCCCCAAUAGCGACACCAGUCUCUGUUGCUUCAAUCUGAUAUAUGCUUUUGAACCCUGAUUCGUCGACAUUGUUGUACUGUUCGCGAUAUUGAACCACUCAGUUUCAGCUAGGGUUUUUGUUAAUCUCACCGAUUGAGUGAUCGGGAUUGCCCCCCUAUCCAUUUCCAUAUAUUGUUUAUAGGGUUUAUAUAAUUAUAUUAUUUUAUCAUCAAGAAUAUAUAUAUUUUUAUAUUUCUCGUCAUUUCCCAUAAUUAAGUUUCAAUGCUCACAGUUUAUUUGGGAAAAAGAGUACCCAUUUUGAGUAUUUGAUUUACUGUUCUAUGCUUGUUGUAGUUCUUCAACAAUAAUAUCCAAUUCUCAUUAUUUUUCUAGCAUUGAAGCAAUAACAUAUAGUGAGUAUUGGUCAAAGUGAAGUGGGUUCUUGGUAAUCAGAGAUAAUCUGGGAAAAAGUUGAGAAUUUUCAUCUCUGUUUACUCUAAAAAGUUAUUGUUUUUGCUUUUGUGGUGGUUGUUUUUGAUUUGGGUGCAAAAAGUAUAGUUGUUUUGGAAGAAGUAGCACAGGCUAGCGAUCCAACAGCCGUGUAUGGGCAAACAUGAGGCUUGGGCGCAGCCAAGUGGCCUUCUGCCCAAUGCAAGUCCACUGAUUCAGGUCCUCGAAUCGGAGAGAUGGGUAAAAGCCGAGGAGAGAACCGCAGAGCUUAUUGCCUGCAUUCAGCCAAAUCCACUAUCAGAAGGACGCCGAAAUGCUGUUGCAGAUUACGUGCAGCGGCUCAUUAUGAAGUGCUUCUCAUGCCAGGUGUUCACUUUCGGGUCUGUACCGCUCAAGACUUAUUUACCCGAUGGAGACAUUGACUUAACGGCCUUUAGUAACAAUGAAAACAUGAAGGAAACAUGGGCUAAUCAGGUCCGCCAUAUGCUGGAGAGUGAGGAGAAGAACAAGAACGCUGAGUUUCGUGUAAAAGAAGUUCAAUACAUUCAAGCAGAAGUGAAGAUAAUAAAGUGUCUUGUGGAAAAUAUUGUGGUAGACAUAUCUUUUAACCAGCUUGGUGGGCUAUGCACACUUUGUUUCCUAGAGGAAGUUGAUCAUUUGAUAAAUCAGAACCAUUUAUUCAAGCGUAGCAUUAUAUUGAUUAAGGCAUGGUGUUACUAUGAGAGCCGAAUACUGGGUGCUCACCAUGGGCUUAUUUCUACUUAUGCCCUGGAGACCUUGGUUCUUUACAUAUUUCAUGUUUUCAACAAUUCCUUUACAGGACCACUAGAGGUCCUAUACCGUUUUCUGGAAUUCUUUAGUAACUUUGACUGGGAUAACUUUUGUGUUAGUCUAUGGGGUCCUGUAGCCAUUAGUUCACUUCCAGAUGUAACUGCGGAACCUCCCCGAAAGGACAGUGCAGAGUUAUUACUUAGCAAAUUGUUUCUUGAUGCUUGUAGCUCAGUAUAUGCUGUUUUCCCUGCUGGCCAAGAAAAUCAGGGACAAAGUUUUGUUUCCAAACAUUUCAAUGUUAUUGAUCCGUUACGCAUAAACAACAAUCUUGGACGUAGUGUUAGUAAAGGUAAUUUUUUUAGAAUACGCAGUGCAUUUGCAUUUGGGGCUAAAAGGCUGGCAAGAUUACUUGACUGCCCCAAAGAGAACCUAGUUCAUGAAAUAAAUCAGUUCUUUAUGAAUACAUGGGACAGACAUGGAAGUGGUAAUCGCCCGGAUGCACCGACAACUGAUAUUGGGCAGUUGAGAUUGUCAAUUCCAGAUCACUUACAGAGGCCUGAGAAUCUGAAGAACAAUCAAAGUGCCAAAAAAUUGAAUGAGAAUGCUUCUGGUCAUGAGAUCGAAGUUGAUGGAACUCGUUCAUGUAAUGUUUCCUCCCAACAUAGUAAUUAUUCCUUACAAAGUACGACCAGAACUACUGAUGUUUCUUCAGCUACUUGUAGUCAAAGCCAAAAGAAUUAUGGCAACCUGAACAGCUCAAGGAUAUCAGAUCCGGUUGUACAAGAAGUUAGUCCUAAUUUGGGUAUGAACAUUGGUAAAGAUCAGAGUGUUAACCUUGAUCAUUUGGUGAAUGACAUUCAGGGUAGGUUUCUUUUUGCACGGACACGCUCUAGUCCCGAGCUUACUGAGACACAUAGUGAUGUCUCUUCUCGAGGACAGCAUAACAAAGCACCGGAAAGUGGAAAAGCUCAGGCUACCGCUGCAACACAAGAUACGGACAGGAGGAAGAAACCAGGAUCUGAAAUUUUAGCAAACCAUAGUGCUCGAUCUUCAACCAGCAAUCUUUCCUCUGUGAGGCAUGUGCCAUCCCAUCAAAGCCUUGAUGCUACUGUCAACCCAAAUAGUGGUUUAAAUAGCUAUCAUCGUCAUUCAGGCUCAGCUGCCACUGGUAAAGAAUUUUCUUCUGUCAGUGGGACACAAGGGACGCAUCAGGAAGAACAAGAUCUUGUGAACAUGAUUGCAUCUUCUACGGUUCACAGUCUUAAUGGACAGGUUCAUGUACCUUUGAAUUUAUCUUUGGCUAACCUACCUUUUCCAAUCUCGCCAUCCAUUCUAGCUUCAAUGGGGUAUUCUCAGAGAAAUUUUCCAGGAAUGGUUCGCCCAAAUUUUCCCUUGAACUUGAUUGAUCCUUCUUUUUCUAACAUGCACUUUCCUCAAGGUUUGUUUUCUCCAGGACUAACCCAUUACUGCCCUGGCAUUGGAUUGGCCUCAAAAUCAGAAGAUAUUAUUGAACAAAACAAUGAAAAUUUUGGUUCCAUGGAAGUGAAUCCAGGAGAGGCUGAUCAUGAUUUCUGGCAGGAGCAGGAUGUUGAGUCUGAUAGUAGAAAUUAUGAAAUGCUUCAAUCCGAUGAUAAGCCGCAAUCAAGUUCAGUAAGCAAUAAUUUUGUUCCUUCAUCUUCUGUUUCUGGCAGCUCGAUGAGAGUUAAGCAGAAAUCCACCAAAGAAAACCGAGAGUCAAUGCAGGAAUAUCAUCAAGAUAGUUUCUCAUUUCAAGAUAACAGAGGAAAUGAUUUUUACUCAGAUGACAGAACCAUGAGUUCAAGGUUCUCAUCUGCUGCCCACAGUAAUUCUCUGAGAAGUAAAACCUCUUCAGAGAGUUCUUGGGAUGGAUCAUCACCAAAGGUCUCAAAGUCGACAAGGGAAAAACGGGGAAAGAAAACAUUUCUUGUAGAGCCGUCUUCUGUGUAUGGGAAAAGUACAACCAUGUCCGAACGUGGUAUACAGGCCGAGGAGGAUGACAGGGACUGGAAUCCACUCUCAACCAUUGGCAGUGAAAUGGCAGAAAGAAGCUCAGUACCUCAGUCUGUUGGUUCUUUGCAAGGUCUGAGGCAGCACAUACCAGGCUAUGAACUACCUCAGACAUGUAAGUCAGACUCAAUGUUACCCAUUGCUCCAGUGCUCUUAGGUCCUGGUUCACAGCAAAGAAUGACGGAUAAUUCUGGGCCUCUUCAAUUUACAUUUUAUCCUACAGGGCCACCUGUUCCAUUCCUUACAAUGCUUCCUUUCUAUGAUAUUCCACCUGAGACCAGAACUUCUGAUGCGUUGACAAGCCAUUUUAGUGGGCAAGGGGGCCUGGAUAGUAGCGAUUCUGGUCAGAACUUUGAUUCAUCCAUGGGGCUUGAUCAAUCUGAGGAAUUAAGUACUACUAAUUCUUCAAGCAGGACUGGUUUUGUUGAGACUUCUGAUGAGCACAAGGCUGACAUUCUUAAUAGUGACUUUGCUAGCCAUUGGCAAAAUUUGCAAUAUGGGCGGUUUUGCCAAAACCCACAGUACCAUGGGCCUGUGGUUUAUCCUUCCCCUGUUGUGCCACCCAUGUACAUGCAAGGUCAUUUCCCUUGGGAUGGUCCUGGAAGACCUCUUUCAGCCAACAUGAAUCUCUUCACUCAGCUUAUGGGUUAUGGCCCUCAGCUUAUUCCUGUUGCUCCACUCCAAUCUGUUUCUAAUAGACCUCCCAAUAUCUAUCAACAGUAUGUUGAUGAGUUGCCGAGACAUCGUACUGGGACUGGAACCUAUCUGCCAAAUCCCAAGCUUUCCAUAAGGGACCGGCAUCCUUUAGGUGCAAGAAGGGGGAAUUACAGCUAUGACAGAAGUGACAACCACAGUGAUAGGGAGGGGAAUUGGAAUGCCAAUUCAAAAUCACGAUCUUCUGGGCGCAAUCAUAGUCGCAACCAAACUGAGAAGUCAAACUCCAGGCUAGACCGGUUGGCUUCCAGUGAAAACCGAGCAGGCAGGUUGGGGGGCUCAUACAGACGUGACUCCGUUCCUUCUUACCAAUCCCAAAAUGGUGUCCAGCACUCCAAUUCCAGCCAAAGUGGUCCUCCCAAUGUAGCAUAUGGCAUGUAUCCUUUACCAGCCAUGAACUCCAGUAGCGUGUCAGCAAAUGGACCGACUGUUCCACCUGCUAUGUUCUAUCCAUUUGAGCAUAAUGCAAGUUACAGUUCACAUGCCGAACAGCUUGAGUUCGGAUCACUUGGGCCAGUGGGUUUCUCUAGUAUGAAUGAGCAACCACAACAGCUAAAAGAAGGAAGUCAAGCGAGGGGAGCAUUUGAGGAACAAAGGUUUGAUGGGGGCUCUGUGCAACGAUAUUCACCAGAUCAGCCAUCCUCACCCCACCUUCAAAGGUCUUAGGAGUGCUUGAUUAUUUUGCCAGAUUGGUGGCUCAAAGGAAUUAUCAGUUGAAAGAUGAGGAUUUUGCAGCCCUUGCAUUUCUGAGCCAGGUAGAAAAUGAUAAUGGGAGAAAUUAGAAUGAGAAAACCUCUAAUGACUGGGGCUUAUUGUUCUCUCACUUGUAAAAGGAAAAAAAAAAACCCCACAAAUUAUGAGGACAUGAUUGCUUAAAAUUUUACUAAUGAACUCGGUCACUAUUGAUGCCCCGGCUUCAUGCUUGUAUAUGUAAACUACCAAGUCAUCUUCUAACCAAUAGCCAUUUUCUAUGUAGGUUUUGACAGAUUUGUAAUUCAAUUGAAAAACUCUUCUGAGGUUUACAAAUUAGGGUUUUUACAUUGCUAUGAAGCUAUGUCGCUGUCAGGUCCUUUGUUAA